AAAGGCGACCUGGAAGAUGAACAACCGUUUGACAGCUGCUGCUCAUAAACAUUGCGGACUUUAAAUAUCGACUACAUGCGACAAAUCAAUCGAUCUUAUUCACAUAAACAGCCAUGACUUGUGCCGGAGAUGAAGACGACCCGUUUCCUGUUGACGUCUGUCUUUUCUCUGAAACAUUUUCUCAAGAUAAUGUUUACAACUUAAUAGGUCAAGAGCUGAAGAUACGACAGGUGUUCGGGGCAAACCUCGGCGUGGCUGCCCCGGUGUGGGAGGCUGCGUUACACUUGUGUGGUUACUUGGAGGAUCAGUCUGUGGAGCUGAGUGGAAAACGCAUCAUAGAGCUGGGAGCAGGGACUGGUGUGGUCGGUAUUGUGGCAGCACGCCUCGGUGCAGUCGUGACCCUUACAGAUCUUCCUCUGGCUCUUCCACAACUUCAGGCCAACGUCUCUGCUAACAUGCCGUCCAGUGGUUGGCCCUCUGCCCCUCCCACUGUCCUCCCUUUGUCCUGGGGUGAGGACCACAUGAACUUCCCCUCUGACUGGGAUCUGGUGCUUUGUGCAGAUAUAAUUUACCUCCAGGAGACAUACUCACUGCUAGUGGAGACACUUGCUCACUUGUGCAAGAACGGAGCCGUGGUAUAUCUCUCAUCCAAAAUGCGAAAAGAGCACAAGACUCCAAGUUUCUAUGAAGAAUAUCUGCCAAGCAGAUUUGAUGUGGAGCUUGUGCACCGUGAUGACAAACAAAACAAUAAUAUCUAUAGGGCAGCUCUAAAGAAAGACCAGUGACAGCAGGGACAGCCUGCUGCAGGCCUGAGACCUGGAUUAGUUACUGCACUGAGACCAGUUACGGCUCUGGUCCCCAAGCUGCCUUUUUAGAAGAAUAAAAAAAACAGUGAAUGCAAAAUGCACAACUCUCAGAAAAAAACAGCUCAGUUGUUGUUAGAUAUCAUUCUGUCACUUAAACAUAUUGAGUUUCAAAUAAUUUUUUUUUUUACUCUAAGCUACAGUUGCAGCUAAGUGGAACCAUGUUGAACAACUACUUCCUGUUUACUUAAUUGACCAUCAGUUUGUUCAAAUAAAGUGUUUCUUUUAUUUAUAUAUUUAUAUGGUUAUUCUGUGAACCAUUUUCAGUCAUUUGAGAAAUCUGAUGUCCUGUUAAUGUCUCUCUGGUUACAACAGAUAAUGUUUUUACGUAUGUACAGUACAUGUUCUACUGUGAUUACAAACGGAAUAAAAUGGAUAUAUAAUUUUCUUGUUAUUAAGUAUUCUAAUGAGUUGUUUGUCUUCAAAAUGUAUUUAAAGUGUGAUUUUGGAGAUUUUGUAUAGAGUUUUCAGAACAAUGUGCCCAACUAAAAUGAUCUUUUUGUGCUUUUGCUCAUCUCGUAUUACCUACGAAUGGAUAAUUGCAGUCUUAGAUACUGAGAUUUGUCACCAGCGCAAAUCAGUCUAUCUUCCUCUUCUCCAUAAAAGUAAAUAAAUUGAAGAAAAAUGA